CUCCCUCCCUUUGUGAUGCGCUGCGGUGACACAGCCGAGACUCCGGCGAUAAAAAGACGAGGCGCGCGCGAGAGGCGCAAGAGUUGGAGGGCGGAAAACGACUGUCCACUCGAUGCUCGAUGCGCUUCUGAGAGUCUUGACACGACUGGAAGUAUCUGUCCAACUCCCGAGGUACUGACCCGCUCCAGGGACCGGUGCACAAUGGAGUGGUACGUCCUGGUGCUGAUGCUGAGCCUGCCGCCCUCCGUCCACAGCGACUGCUCUUCACGGUGUCAGCAAUGCGCGCAACAGAUGCUCGGCCCGGGCGCCGCCUUCAGUAGCCUGUCGUGCGCCGCGGACUGCGGGGAGCAGCUGGACAGCUGCGUCCAGGCUCCGGCGGAGGCGGACUUCAGCCAGGACGAGGCCGCGGAGGGCGAGGAGAGCCAGCAGGCGGCCGUGGUCAAACGCUACGGGGGCUUCAUCAAGAGGAUCGACAAGAACAAAAACAAGAUCUUCAGCUCCCCGUGGCGCGACAAUUACAUCCUCAAGGCCGCGGGGCCGCCCAGAAAGUACGAGGACUUGUUGAAGAGGCUGGACGCGCGCGACGCGGACGCGCCGGGCGACUCCGACGACGCGUCGGAGGACGCGGCGCCCCGCGGCUACGUCAAGCGCUACGGCGGCUUUUUACGCAAAUUCGGCCCCAAGACGAAGAGGAGUAGCUCAGCGGAGCAGGAGGACGCGGAGCCCGAGGAGCUGCAGAAGCGAUACGGAGGCUUCAUGCGCAGGGUGCGACCGAAGUUGAACAACCUCAAGUGGGACAAGCGGUACGGAGGCUUUCUGCGCCGCCACUUCAAAAUCUCCAUGCGCUCCGCGGAGGACCCGUUUUACGCCUACGACGACUCGAGCCUAUAGACGAACGGGGAAAGUAAAAGGAACUGGUGCAGGUUCACUCGAACGGUCCCCGUUAGUCCACGAUCAGCACACGCCGGCCCGUCUCGCUUCUAGUCUACUCAAAUGCCUUCUGUACCGAGUCUCAGUGUGUGUCUGUCAUUCAAUAAACGAUGCUUGUUUAAUAAAACCCACAAUAAAACCA